AUACAUGUACAGCGAUUAAUAGAGAGUUCCGAAUGAACAUGAAGCCAAUAACUUGACAAAAUCUGUGUUGACGUUUUGUGGAAAUAUUUCUAAUUUGUAAAUCGUAUUCAUCGUAUUUAGAGUAUGACGUAUUUGUAUGGAACGUAUUCGUAUUGAGGAGUGUAAUAAGGAAAUGAACUUCAUUAGAAUAUAUCACUGUGUUUAUAUUGUGUUCACUGGAUGUAAUAAAGAUUAAUCAGCUUUCUCUGGAAUACGCAUUAUCCUUGGUAUAUUUCCACACACUCAGUUCUAGCCAACACAUUAUUAAUAAGAACCCAAUGGAGCUAGUUCAUAUUUUCUUUGUAUUUAGCGUUGGUGUUAUUUUUGUAACGCUGGCGACUGGUAAGCCAGAUCCACCAAAAGAUGUCAGAAUACAUGUCAUUGGAAGAAAAGCUAAAAUCUCAUGGUUGAUUCCUACCAAUAUUAAAGGGGCAAGAUUUUCUAGACUUUAUAUUAAAGAUUCUAAAACUGGCGACAUAUAUCUAAAUGGAAGAUAUAAAAGUAAAGAUAUACCAAUUGAAAAUUCCACAUUUGAGAUUGACACUUUAACGAUGUGUUCAGAGUAUUAUGUCAGAAUACAAUUUGUCAGUCCGUUUUCAGAAUUUACCACACACCAGUUUUGGAUGACAACACUGCUGUCAUUAGAGAACUGUGAAUAAGUACAUACAGAACAACCAUUAUUCUAGUUUAUCCUGCACAAUUACGAUCACUUAGACGCUUGAUGAAUGCUUAUUGUGCAGGGACACAGACAAUCCCCUCUAUCUGCUAGAUGACAUCAUAAA